AUGACAAUCAACAAGUCCCAAGGACAAACGUUAAGUAAAGCUGGUAUAGAUUUAACAAAAGGUUGCUUUACCCAUGGGCAACUAUACGUGGCAUGUUCACGUGCGAGGAAUGCCAGUAGCGUUGUUGUUUUAGCCCAAGAAAAUCGUACACCAAAUAUUGUAUAUAAAGAAAUUUUUCAAUAA